GAGCCCGCGGUCCCUAACAUUGACUUUUGAGUGGAGUACGUGAGGUGGUAGUGCUUCGUGCCGGUUUACGAUUUCAAAUGGGCCCUGUUGCCUAGCGUUUGCUUUCUUCAGUUAUUACACUUGGAGUCCUGUUUGGUGUCGAAGGGUAACCAUCAGAUACUAGUUUGAAAGAUUGCAAUGGCAUCCAUUCCGUCAACUGGCUCUCUUACAGCAACCCAUGACUAUUACAGGAGACGCCUUGGUUCUGCUUCCAGCAAUAGUUCCUGUGGUAGCUCAGAGCACAUGGGAGAAGUGAUUCCACACCAUCCAGGAUUACCAAAGUCUACAGCGGGCCAGUGGUGGAUCAGUUUUUUCUUUGGAAAAACACAGAACCAUCCAGUAAUGACAACUCUUUCUGAAUCCUCUGAGGGUGGCAAGAUCAACUGUAUACUGUCUCAAGAAAUGGCGAGGAAACGACAUGCCAGUGAGCCCAGCAAACCUUCAUCUUAAUCUGGUUUCAACUUUUGAAGAAGAUGCUAGGAAUUUCAGGCGUUCCCAAACCUUAAAUUUUUAAAAAUAAAGGCUGCUUGAGUUUCUAACUAUA